CCAGCAGCAGAGCAGCACACAGAGGGACUUCAACUCUCCUUUGUGAGUGACCUUCUCCUGCUCCUCCACUCAGCUCUUCUGCAAGCUCGUGAGCACUUUCUCUAUCUCACUCCUCCACUACCAGACACCAUGGCAUCUUUUAAAACUACGAAGAAAACCUACAGCCAGUCGGCCUAUAAUGUCCCAGUUGGCUCCAGCCGAACGCAAAUUGUGUCAAGCGUACGUCGCUCUGGUGUCGGCUCUGCGUACGGCAGUGGUGGCGGUGGUGGCGGCUACAGCUUCAGCAGCAGCAGCGUCAGUGGAGGUGGUGGAGCACUGGGCUUUGGCGGUGGUAGCAUCGGUGGUGGCUUUAGUGGUGGCUAUGGUGGUGGCUAUGGUGGUGGCUAUGGUGGUGGCUAUGGUGGUGGCUACAGUAGCAGCAUCGGCGGUGGCUUCGGUGCAGGUGCCAUGAUCCCACCUUCUAUCACCGCUGUGACGGUGAACCAGAGCCUGCUGCAGCCACUCAAUCUGGAGAUUGACCCCAACAUCCAGGCUGUCCGCCUCCAGGAGAAAGACCAGAUCAAGACCCUCAACAACCGCUUCGCUUCUUUCAUCGACAAGGUGCGCUUCCUGGAGCAGCAGAACAAAAUGCUGGAGACCAAGUGGCACCUCCUGCAGGAACAGACCACCACCCGCUCCAACAUUGACGCCAUGUUUGAGGCCUACAUCGCUAACCUGCGCAGACAGCUGGAUGGCCUGGGCAACGAGAAGAUCAAGCUGGAGGGAGAGCUGAAGAACAUGCAGAUUCUCGUUGAGGACUUCAAGAAGAAGUAUGAGGACGAAAUCAACAAGCGUGCCGCUGCUGAAAACGAGUUUGUCCUCCUGAAGAAGGAUGUUGACGCAGCCUACAUGAACAAGAUUGAACUUGAGGCCAAGGUCGAUGCUCUCCAGGAUGAAAUCAACUUCCUCAGGGCGGUCUAUGAGGCUGAGCUGCGCGAGUUGCAGUCUCAGAUCAAGGACACCUCAGUUGUUGUGGAGAUGGACAACAGCAGGACCCUGGACAUGGACGCCAUUGUGAAUGAAGUCCGUGCUCAGUACGAGGAAAUUGCCAACCAGAACCGUGCCGAGGCCGAGGGGUGGUACAAACAGAAGUUUGAGGAGUUGCAGACCUCCGCUACCAGUUAUGGUGAUGACCUGCGCAGUACCAAGUCUGAGAUUGCUGAGCUGAACAGAUUGAUCGCCCGCCUGCAGAAUGAGAUCGAGGCCGUCAAGGGACAGCGUGCCAGUCUGGAGGCCCAGAUUGCUGAGGCAGAGGAGCGUGGUGAGCUGGCUGUGAAGGAUGCUAAGCACCGCAUCAAGGACCUGGAGGAGGCUCUUCAGAGAGCUAAGCAGGAUAUGGCCAGGCAGGUGCGUGAGUACCAGGAGCUCAUGAAUGUCAAACUGGCUCUGGACAUCGAGAUUGCCACCUACAGGAAACUCCUGGAGGGAGAGGAGACCAGAAUCUCUUCUGGUGGAUCCACUGCCACCAUCCACGUGCAGCAGAGCUCUUCAGGUGGCUCACUGUCCAGUGGUGGUGGAUACGGCUAUGGAGGCGGACUGCAAUCAGGAUUCGGUGGUGGCGCUAGCUAUGGCAGUGGCGGUGGCUUUGGCGGUGGCUUUGGCGGUGGCUUUGGCGGUGGCUUUGGCGGUGGCCAUGGCGGAAGCUCAAGCAUCAGCAAAACCUCCGUGUCAUCUGUCAGCCAGAGGCGCUUCUAAGCAGAAUCUUCCCAUCUUCAUUUCCCUGCGCCUUCAUCAACAACACAUCAAUGGUGCUAACAUGCUAGCAACAAGCCCAACCUGAACCAUCCGACCAUUUUCUGAAUACUUUUUAUUUUUUUUUUUACAUUAGAUAAAAAGAUUAGGAAGAAAUUUUAGGGUGUAGAUGUUAAUCAGUGACACUUCCUCUGAAUUGUUAUCUAAAUGUAGCCCAAAAGGAAACCAAGAAGAACGUAAAGGGAAAUGCUUGAUUCUCUUUAACCCUGCUGAAAGCUCUUUAUUUUCUGCACUGAUAUGUUCUGGGGUAAAGGAAGACUAGAUAGGGAUCGAGAUGAAAAAGACCACAGCUGUGUGUUAAAACCGAAGCCACUGAAGCCAAACGUAGAACAGGAUUGCGAGUGUUAAUGUGACAGUAUGUGAGAGAUUUUCAGUACGUGUCCCAUCAUGAUAGACAUUUUCAGCCAUUACAAACCAACUUGCUUCCACUGAUAAACAAAAUCACUCUAUUUUUAACGAUGGACGCAUAAGAUUACACUGUGAGCAGAAGACUCUGUUUUGGCAUAAACUGCAUCACCUAAUGGUUCCUGAUGACGAUCUUCUCCACACUGUCUCCCUUUUCACUCACUAAUUUGGCAGCUGUUUGCUAACUUACAUUACAAACCAACUAAACAAGCUUUUAGCUUCCUUAAAGGCUCAAUUUUUUGCUUCUAGAGUACAAUUGAGGAUUUCAAUCCCUCACUCUCAGGCGCUCACCGUUCUGUUUUCAUCUUUUUUUCUCAGACAAAAAAAAUGCAAACAAAAAGCAGAGGAUAAGACCAGGUUUAUUGUUUGUAACUUGAUGUUGUGACAUCAUCAAAACCUGAAUGCAAUAAAUCUGAGAGCUAUAA